AUGCAGGAUAGACCAGGUGCCACCCGUGGUGUAUUUGGUGUACCCUUUGGCCGAUCUCAGAGGGGCGAAGGAGUAGCCGGGUGGGCUGGAGCAAUGCUUGUGGAAGAUGCUCUGUGGUAUCAUGUUGGGAUUUGGAAUUGCUUGUCGUUCUCCACCCCUCCGCCACCUCCUGCCAUGGUAGAAAGUGGGCUUUCUGCCCUCGGUAGAAGGCAAAAGUAUGUUUUACAAAGCACAAGAGCCUUGAGGGAAGGUGAGAGGGUUAGCGUCGUCCUAUCUGGUUGUGGUGUUUACGAUGGCACAGAAAUCCAUGAGGCCUCGGCCAUACUGGUACACCUUAGUCGUGGGGGAGCUGAGGUUCAGAUGUAUGCUCCAGAUGUUCCUCAGAUGCAUGUCAUUGACCACAGUAAAGGCCAACCAGCUGAAGCUGAGUCAAGGAACGUUUUAGUGGAAUCUGCAAGGAUUGCUCGUGGUAAAAUUGCAAGCCUGGCUAAGCUUACUACAGCAGACCAUGAUGCUGUGAUAUUCCCUGGUGGAUUUGGAGCUGCUAAAAACUUAUCUACCUUUGCUGUUGAUGGGAAAGAUUGCAAGGUGAACAGAGAAGUUGAACGUGUCUUGAAAGACUUCCACAAAGCAGGCAAACCUAUUGGUCUUUGCUGCAUUUCACCAGUGUUGGCAGCAAAGGUUCUCUCUGGUGCUGAAGUAACUGUGGGCCAUGAAGAAGAGGAAGGUGGCAAGUGGCCUUAUGCUGGGACUGCAGGAGCCAUUAAAGAACUGGGAGGAAAGCAUUGUGUGAAAGAAGUAACUGAAGCUCAUGUGGAUACAAAAAACAAGGUGGUGACUACCCCAGCAUUUAUGUGUGAAACAGAAUUACAUAAUAUCUUCGAUGGCAUUGGGGCCAUGGUAAAGAAUGUGCUAAAACUAACUGGCAAAUAAAAAAAUACAACUUCAGAAAUGUUCAAAUUUAGGGUGUAGUAUCAAAUAUGAUAUGGACCAAUGGAAACCUUUUCACCUGCUUGUCCUGUUCAUACUCCAGUGAAUGCUGAUAUGGAGCUGAUUGAUUCCCAGCUGCAGGGUUUUCCAUGCCUUUUCUGAGAGAGGGGCCUGCAGAAGGGCUUAUAGAGUACAAGCAGUCUGGCCUGAGACACAGAGCAUUUUCUUGAGCUUUUUCAGCUAGAGCGACCUGUGCAAACUUGUUCUGAAACCAGUCCUCCCGGUGCACCAGUGUCAAAUCAUUUC